AAACAAAAGAAAAAAAUCUAGAAAACAUGACCCUAGGACACCUUCGUGAGAACCAGUCCUUUACAUCGUAAAAGAUUAGGUGUUGCUAAGCUAAGCUCUCACUCAUUCAUCUUCCCAUCUUCACAACUUCAACCAACAUGCUUCACUCUAACUCACUUGUGAGAGCCAUGUCCGUUUCAUUUUCUCUCUCAACGCCCAUUUCCAACACGGAUUCACGCCUCCUCUUCACCAACAUGGUGGAUUGCACUUACCCUCCAACAACACUGCAAGUGUUUGCACUCUCCAAGUUAACCUUUGUUUGUUCCUCCCAAAGGGUUCUCCCCAUUGAGGACCUGCUACUAAGUCCUGAUGAUUGGGACCCCUCAAUUGUUAGUGUUGAUUCUUCUGAUUACUUUAACAAUGGGAAUGGGGAGGUUGGCCUUGGUGACUCUCUCAGUGAAGAGGUUCUCAAGGAGAGGAUUAGGAGAAUGAGAAUUGGCAUGGCAAACAAAGGAAAAGUGCCUUGGAACAAAGGAAGGAAGCACAGUGCAGAGACCAGGGAGCUAAUCAGGCAAAGAACUUUAGAGGCCUUGAGGGACCCCAAGGUAAGGAAGAAGAUGGCUGAACAUCCUCAUUCUCACAGUGAUCAAACCAAGGCAAAGAUAAGUGAUUCACUGAGGCGUGUUUGGCAUGAGCGGCUGAAGUUCAAGCGGAUGGCGGAGCAACUUCUGUUUUCAUGGGCACUAAGCAUAGCAAAUGCAGCCAAGAAAGGAGGGAGUGGUCAGGAAGAGCUAGAUUGGGAUAGCUACAAUCAAAUAAAACAGCAGAUGGAGCUCCAUCAACUUCUACAGGCUGAGGAAAAGGGAAAAGAAAAGCUGAUGGCAGCUACUAAAGUAAAGAAUAUCAUUCAGUCAUGGAAGGAAAACAUAGCCAAAGCAGCUAAGAAAGGAGGGAGUGGGGAGCAAGAACUUGACUGGGAUAGUUACAAAAAGAUACAAGAAGAAAUGGUUCGCCUUCGUCAACUUCAGCGUACUAAUGAAAAAGAAAAGGAAAAAGAGAUGGCGAGGGCAAAAGCAGAGAAAGAAGCACAGAUAAAGGCAAUUAAAAGGGUAAUCCUCACUCAAAAGAGAAAAGAUCAUCAAGAGAGGGCUAAGGUUAAAGGGAAAAUAAAAAGUCAUCCCUGCAGCAAUGCAAAGGAAGGCAAAGAUUCCUUGGAAGUUACUCAAGAGUUCAAACUUGCGACUAAAUUAACUAAGAUUCACAUAAGUAAGAAAAUCAACAGUGACGUAGCUAAAGGAGAAAUUUUUAAUUCCAUUUUGCCAACCCUCCAUAAAUUGGAUUUAGAGCUUAUCAAGAGAGAGAAAAUGCAAAAAGAAGCAUCACUUGCAGAUCAGAUCCAAGCUGCUAGAGACAGAAAGGGCAAACUCCACUGAUCAGGAACCUUCUUCACAUUAUUUUUUCCAUGCUACUUUAUGUUCAAAUUACUCAUUUACUUGGAUGUUCAUAUACGUAUUAUAUGUUUCUGUGUAGAAACAAUAGUUGAUGAUUUAGGUGUAUGUAGAACAACUAAACAAGUUAACCACUACCGGUAGUUUGUUGGUUGUAGAAUAGGAAACUUGUAUGAAUAAUUGGAACUCGUGCUUUUACUUGACUUUGUCUCUCUUUCUGUGGAAAAAAAAUCUUGAUCUCUCUUUC